GGCGGAAGUGACGUCGCGGAGCGAGGCCCGCAGCCGAAGGAGCUUCAGAGAGGGGUGAAUGUCAAAACCCUGGCUGACGUGAAAUGUAUGCACAAGGAGAUUGACAAGAGCUGAAAUGGGUUCCGAAGAGCCAUUGAUCAGCUGCUGGUCUCUACCUCAAUAAAAAUGUCAGAUGAUUUGUAUGGCAAGUUCCUAGCACCAGAUGAACCAUUCCCUUUGUUACCACAAAGGGGGCACACAAGUGACGUUGCCAGCCUUGACAUUAGUGAUUUUGGCUGUCAGCUUUCAUCAUGCCACAGAACUGAUCCAUUGCGUAGACUCCAUACCAACAGGUGGAAUUUGACUUCCUGUGGGACAAGCGUAGCAAGCUCUGAAUGCAGUGAGGAACUCUUCUCGUCUGUUUCAUGUGGUGAUCAGGAAGACUGCUAUUCCCUGCUGGAUGAUCAAGAAUUCACUCAGAAUGCAUCCUUUGACCUCUUUCCAGAGGGUAGUGUCUGUAGUGACGUAUCUUCUUCAAUCAGUACCUAUUGGGAUUGGUCAGACAGUGAGUUUGAAUGGCAGCUGCCUGGCAGUGAUUUUGCAAGUGGAAGUGAUGUCUUGUCUGAUGUGGUUCCUAGCAUUCCAAGUUCUUGCCCUGUUCUAAAGCGAAGAAGCAAACAACACAGAAGUUUAGAUGAGCUUCCUUGGAGUGCAAUGUCUAAUGAUGAGCAGGUUGAAUACAUUGAAUACCUGAGUCGUAAAGUCAGUACAGAAAUGGGACUGCGAGAACAGCUGGACAUUAUCAAAAUUAUUGAUCCAAAUGCUCAGAUUUCCCCUACAGACAGUGAAUUUAUAAUUGAGCUGAACUGUCUAACAGAUGAAAAGCUAAAACAGGUAAGAAAUUACAUCAAAGAACAUGGUGCCCGCCAGCGCUCUGUACGUGAAAGCUGGAGAAGAGGUAGUUAUACUGGCUGUGGGGUCAGCGGUUUGAGUGGAGCCAGUAGUAGCACUGGCAGCAUGGUGAGCUCAGCCAGCAGCACUGGAUCCAGUGGUUCUAACUCUGCAUCUGCUUCAAGUGCCAACAUGAGCCGGGCGCACAGCGACAGUAACCUGUCCACAAGUGCAGCUGAGAGAAUAAGAGACUCAAAGAAGCGAUCCAAGCAGCGUAAACUGCAACAGAAAGCCAUGCGGAAGCGUCAGUUGAAAGAGCAGCGACAAGCAAGGAAAGAAAGACUGAGUGGUUUAUUUCUAAAUGAGGAAGUGCUCUCUGUGAAAGUGGCAGAAGAAGACCAUGAAGCAGAUGUGGACAUUUUAAUGUGACCAAAUGUAAAAUAGCAUUGUUUUGUUAAAUUUAAAAAAUAAUGCAUUAUAACACUAGCCAGCCGCAAGACUGGAACUGAAAGCUUGAGAUAACGAGGGAUGAUUUCCGUUUACAACUUAACAUCUGAAACCUUAUUUUGUGUUUUUAAGACAUCUCAGUAAUUUUAUUGAAGCUGCUGAACACUGAUAUGUACAGAAAACUAAUGUAGCCGGUAACAUAUCUGAAUGACCUGGCAACAAUAAUGUGCUUUUGAAACUAUAUAUACUCCCAUAGCACUAUUUUAGCGGAUAUAUAUUUGAUUAUUUGUGCAUCACUGUGGUAUUUGAAAUAUUGCCUGUGAAAUAUACAUGUGUAUUAAGAUAAUUCAUGUUUUGAUUCUUUACUUGCAAAAUAAUUAUUAUGUGAAAUUUUUGUAUAGUUUGGCAAUGUUCAAUAAUUGUUGCCACCAGUGAAGUAAUUACCUGCCAUUACCAAAUUGCAUGAUUAGCUCAGAGAUAGUAGGAGAAGGGUCGAGGCCCGAAACGUCAGCCUUCCUGCUCCUCUGAUGCUGCUUGGCCUGCUGUGUUCGUCCAGCUGUAACCCUCGUUAUCUCUUAUGCAUGAUUAGCUCAGUCAGCUUUUAACAUUUUUGUUGAAUGAUGCAUUUAUCCACAAAUGGGUCUUGGUGUUUGCCAAGGCUAUGGCAUAGGAAUUCCUUACAAGUGCAAUGAUAUUUUUUCAGAGUAGACUUAAGGGAAAAGAAAAGUCUAACAGGAAUAUUUAAAUUAUUGAAAAUACCCCUCUCACCUCAUGCUUAUAGAGGGGAAAAAUAUAAUAGUUGGAACAAAAUUUUGUUUUACAAAGUCUAAUUUCCUUUUUACACAAGACUUUCAAAGCCAAGUUGCCCAUCAAACAGACCACUUGUGAUAUUGUCACUGGGGAUAAUCUGAAGAGGCUCUGUUGAAGAUUCAGGCCUUCCUAUCAGCCUGAUGUCUGUUUCACAGCAGUGGUAUUCACUCUUCAUCGUUGACGGGAUUUGGGCUGAAAGUUCCUCAUAGCCUGCUUCCCAGUAUUACUUGAGCUCUGCAGUGAGAGCAGAUCAGUUGGAAGUUAUACCUCCAGUGAGCCACCACGACCUGUGUGGAAUGUAACCAUACAUGCUGAGAAUGGAGACCAAAGUGAGAUGGGUCCCACUUUCCAAGACAAUGUCAACAUUUUUUUAAAAUGAGAAAGUCUUUAAUUUACCAUGAAGAUCACUCCCUUUCCUCUAACAUUGCUAUCUGGCAGCAUCUAUGGAGGGAAAACAGUUAACCUUUUGAGUCCAAUGACCUAGUCUAACCCCUUUCCCCAGAUCCAACCCAAACUCUCAUGUCUCCCUGGACCCCAGAUUUCCUUUUCUUUGCCGCAACAAUGCUAUGUAUGCUGUACGGUAAAAGGGGAACUAGAUUAAUAAUAUGCUGUGUGCAAUAUUUACUGUAAAUGUGGUAGGUCAGUAGAUUUCAUGCAGUAAUAUAUAGGAAGGAAUUGUAAAGUAGGUUAAUAUAAAAUGAAGACCUGUGCAACCUGGAGGUCUGAAACAAAAGGUGCUGGAGAAACUCAACAUGUCUUGCACCAUUGUGGAGAGGAAAUACAUUUUGAGUCUAAUGACCAGAGUUUCUCCAGUGCUUUCUGUUUCUGUAGGUUAUUGCGUUCUUAACAACGUGAAGGAAAAGUGUCAAAACUAGUGUUUUGCAUCUAAUAUUAAGCACAAGGAAAUCAAUUAUUUUUGCACACCUUCAUGUGUGAAGGAAAAAUGAUGGAGAAGCAUUAAUAGAUCACAUCAGAUUUCAAUUUUAAAGAAAAAGAUAAUUACUGUGCUCUAAAGAGCAGACGUUGGUGGCCUUUUUCCUAGUUACUCUGUUGAAACCUUGUGGCCUUGUUACUUCUGGUUCAGUUGUAAUGGAUGCCUUUUGUAUGUAAAAAAAAAUGACUUGGCAAUGUGUUGAAAUGUUUUAGAUGAGAAAGAUAAAACAAAACCCCUUUGUUUUGCACUUGGAUUUGUUCUGUGCUGUAAUUUCUCAUCUAGAUGUAUUGGAAAUUAAUUAUUCCUUAUGAUGGAUUUAUUUUUUGCUUGUUUUGAAGAGUUGGCUAAUUUAAUGUUUUCUUUGAACAGUUCUGAAGGCGAAUCUUGGGACAUGAAUUGUGUGUAAAAUCUCUGUGUGAGAGAGUAAUCUAACAAUUUGAAAAUAAUAGUUCGCAUAUCAGAGUAGAAUUAUUUCCGCGCUCGGCUGUAUCAGAAGAUCUGACAGUUAUGUCGGUAGUUGCCAUACUAUGGCUGAUGUUAACCCAUGAGAUAUAUUCAUGAGGCUGGUGUCUUCAGGGAGCAUUAGAUAUGAAAGUCCUGCUCCCAGCCUCAAGCACAAUAGUGCAUAUCAAAGUUACUUUGUCCAGUAGCAGGAAUAAUGGGUGUUCUGACGUUUGGGAUUGCGUUUUAAAAGCCAAACCAGUACUACUUGAAUACUGCUGGAAAUGAGAAACAUUUUAGCAAAGCUUUGUAUCUUGCACUCAUCAGGUCAGAAGCAAGAAUUCCAAUUCUCAGUGGGAACUACAAUCUGUAAUGCUCAAGCGGUUGAUAAGGAAUCCACUUUGUUAACUAAUCACAUUGUUCAGUCUGAAAUGUUCCUUUUUGAAAUUUGGUAAUCUUCUGUCUUGAGUGCAAGUUGAAAAUCUUCAGCAUGUUUCUUUAGGCAGUACUUAGGCUCAGCACCACCAAUUAACUACUUGAAUACUGCAUAAUUGUUGUUGUAAAAGUCAUGUCUUGUGGUAUAAAUUAUAUUGGCAUGAAAGUUCCAUCUUGCAGGGCUGUACAUAAGUUUGCCACUUGAUAUUUCAGUGUAAUUUUUGUCACCCUGUUGAAUAUACGAAGAUGUGAAAAUAGUGGCAAUGACUGAUUUCUGUAGUGCUGUAUAACAGUAGGUCAUUCCAUUUUACUAUAUCUGCUGCUAUGUCUGUUCAGAAUUGUACAGUGAUCAUAGUCUUUAAAAAAUGCAGGUUUUGGAAUUAUUUUUUGCAUAGCAGAAUCUUUUAAAUUCUGCAGGUUGCUGUUUUCUAUUGGAGUAUAUUAAAAUUAUUUACGUCAUUAAA